UAGAGACACCAACACCAACAUCUGUGGGCAAAAGGAAGCCCAGUGAGAGCUUCCCCCUUUUGGAGCGCAUGCUCCAGCCGCUCGCAGGGUUGCGGCGUUCCCGUGACUCGCGGCGGCAGGCGACGCGCGCCCUUUGACCCCGUUUCCUGUUUAGUUCCUGCGAGAUCCGGCGGACUUGCCACCAGUAAUGGAGGCUGCGGAGGAGCUCGAUAUCGAUGUGGAGGGGGAUGUGGCGGCGGGGCCGCCCGGAGAAGCUCAGCCCGGAAACUGUGAAAAUCCAUCAUCUUGCUUACUCCAAGAUCACUACCUUGACUCAACUUGGAGAACUGAUACUAGUCUUCCAUGGAGUCUUGAUAGCACAAUUAGUGAAGAGAACAAGGCUGUUAUUGAGAAAAUGUUGUUGGAAGAAGAGUACUAUCUGUCUAGCAAAUCACUUCCAGAAAAGUUUUGGCAUGAUCUGAAAGAAAAUGAUAAACGGAGCACAAAAAGUCCACACAAGAAAGAAGGAAAAGUCACGGUACGUUCACCUUCAAAAUCAGCUAGUGGAUCAUUAAAGUGGACAGCGGAAGAAAAAGAGUUGUUUGAACAAGGACUGGCUAAAUUUGGCAGAAGAUGGACAAAAAUUGCCAUGAUGAUUGGAAGUCGCAAUGUUCUUCAAGUCAAGAGUUAUGCUAGGCAGUACUUUAAGAACAAGACAAAAAUGGAUGGCUCAGAAAAAGUAGAACAGCAGCAUUUUCACAGUGCUUCAGUUCCUGGCAGCAGUGAAGACGAAGAAGGGAAAAUGGCAUUAUGGGCACCCACACACCUAAGAGGUCGUGCAGAUCCUAAUUUAAAUGCGGUGAAAAUUGAGAAGCUAUCAGAUGAUGAGGAGGUAGACAUUACAGAUGAAAUGGAUGAGCUGCUUUCUCAUGUGCCUCAUCAAGAACCUGGCAAGUCUGAGUUACUGGAUAUUCCAAAGAGUCCAGCUGGACAAACCAGUUGGGCAGACCCUAUUUUGGAUUCUGCGGGACAUAUAUCUACUGUUCUCUUAACUGCAAGAUAUAUUCCUAAACCAGAAAAAAGCACAGUUGAGAGUCCAGAGACUACAAUACCAUGUUUUGAUAAAAAUGGUCAUGAACUUGUGAAAUUAGAAAACCAGAAGUGUGACAGAAAAGGCAUUUCUGAUGGCAUUGAUUGGUUUUCUAGUCCAGAGCUUUGUGGAGAACACAGGGACUUUGCUGAUAACAGCAUUCUUUUCCAUUCUUCUGACCAACUGGAAGAGGAAAAUCAGAUGGAUGUAGAGGAGCUUAAACCACCUGAUCAAGAAGUAGAAAUAGAUAGAAGUGCCAUACUGGAAGAAGAAAAGCAAGCAAUACCAGAAUUUUUUGUGGGACGUCAGGCUAAAACACCUGAACGCUACCUGAAAAUCAGAAACUACAUUUUGGAUCAGUGGGAAAGAAUUAAGCCAAAAUACCUGAACAAGACUUCGGUACGCCCAGGACUGAAGAACUGUGGUGAUGUCAACUGUAUAGGACGGAUACACACAUACCUGGAAUUAAUAGGAGCAAUUAACUUUGGCUGUGAGCAGGCUGUAUAUAAUAGACCACAGCCUGCUGACAAAAUACGACCCAAAGAAGGCAAGGACACCAUAGAAGCAUAUCAGCUUGUUCAACGGCUGCAAUCUAUGCGAACAAGAAGGCGACGAGUCAGAGACCCAUGGGGAAACUGGUGUGAUGCCAGAGAUUUGGAAGGACAGACAUUUGAGCACCUCUCUGCUGAGGAGCUAGCCAAGAGGAGAGAAGAUGAGAAAUACAAACCACCAAAAGCAUAUAAAGGACAAAGACACAUCAAAAGUUCAUUUGAUCCCUUUCAGCUGAUCCCUUGCAGUUCUUUCACAGAAGAAAAGCCAGAGCCAUUCCAAGUAACAGUAGCUCCAGAAGCCCUUUUGAUUAUGGAUUUGCAUGCUCAUGUUUCCAUGGCAGAAGUAAUAGGUCUGCUGGGUGGAAGAUAUUCUGAAUCGGAUGGAAUAGUUGAAAUUUGUGCAGCAGAGCCAUGCAAUAGCCUCAGUACAGGACUGCAGUGUGAAAUGGAUCCAGUAUCUCAAACUCAGGCAUCAGAGACACUUGCUGCAAGAGGUCAUAGCAUAAUUGGGUGGUAUCAUUCUCAUCCUGCAUUUGACCCCAAUCCUUCAAUACGGGAUAUUGACACUCAGGCUAAAUACCAGAGUUAUUUCUCCAGAGGUGGAUCAAUGUUUGUUGGAGUGAUCAUAAGUCCUUAUAAUCGAAAUAACCCUCUUCCAUAUUCCCAGAUUACUUGUCUGGUAAUCAGUGAUGAGACUAAUUCCGAUGGUUCGUACCGCCUGCCAUACAAGUUUGACGUACGACAGAUGUUGGAAGAACCUCAAUGGGAAUUAGUAUUGGAAAAAACACGAUGGAUAAUUGAAAAAUACAGGAUGUCUUCUAGCUGUGUACCCAUGGAUAAAAUCUUCCAUAGAGAUUCAGAUCUUACCUGUCUGCAGAAGCUAUUGGAGUGUAUGAGGAAGACUCUGGACAAUGUGGCAAAUAGUUUCAUUGCUGAAGAAUUCUUGGCUCAGCUAGAAAACUUAUUCCUCUCAAGAUACAAUAAUGAGAAGUGGAACAAUGAUUCUGAAGAAAAUAGUAUGUGUCCAAAUGACCUGCCAACAUAACAUCGGAAAGGUGUAAUUGCACACUUUUCUAACAAAGUGGCUGUUUUUGAGAGUGACAAUAUCUACCAUGUUACAAGGAAUCGAGUGUUACUAAAAGGCAAUGUGAAAUUAUCAUGACAUAACACUUGAUCUCUGACAUAACUGCUAAUCAACUGAAAUUAUGGUCAUUGCAAUUAAAUGAAUGAACUAUUUUUGGUAGCAUGCCACUUUGAGUGGUAUGCUGUUAGUUGCUCACUCAACGAAGCUGAAGUGGUGACAUUCUAAUUGGAUCAAGAGUUAUUAGCAAGUUUAUGUUCAAAUUAAGUCUUACCUCACUUGCAUGUGUCAUCUAGGGAUUUCUCUGUAUAGUACAUUUCAUUGUCUAGUGUAAGCUAUCUCUGUAUUGGCAAACUGUGUUGUGCAUUGCUGAGAGCAGGAAAGAAGGAAGUGAAACCAUUUAACAGCAAAGAGUGGCUGGAUUCUUCAUGACAAAUCUCACUUUAACUUCUCACUUUUUCAUGCAUGCCCCGCCUAUUCAAGAGCCUUAUAGCUCAUGCAAGUAAUGGCAAAGUAAUAUGGCUAUGACUUUCCCAUACCAAACUUAUUUUCAUGCUUCUGUACCACAUAUUCCAAUGUAAGUCACUCCCAGAGUAGCUUGCAAGAUAAAACUUAAAUAAUUAAAAAUCCUAACAUGACAAAAUAGCAGAAAUAAAAACACAGCAGCAUAAAAAUAAUAUCAAGAGCAAAAAACCUGGGAGAAUAAAUCUUCUAUAUUAUUAAUUCCUGUAGAUGGACCAGGGGCAUGCGUGGGACAGAGCAUCUGUGUGACAGUACAGCUCCUUCUGCCCUAGUCUCCCAUUCCCCUCCCGUCUCCCUUGCCCUCCCCCCACCUCCUGCUGACCCCACACAGAGCCUCUCACCUCACCGGGUGGCAGGCCGGUGCGUGUCAGCCGUCGGGCAGCCCAGCGACUCCCGAAGGCGCCUCUUCUCCUUGCUUGUCAUCCCUCAGCUGGUCAACCGUUCACCUCCCUCAGCUGCAACCUUCCUCAGCCACGACCCCUGUGGAGUCUCGCCAAACUCCUCCUGGCACACGCUCCUCCCUCCCACCCUUGCACGUGUCACCUCAUCUGGGCUCGCCAUUGGUUGUGUCUGCAGUGGGGGUGGAGCUUGCCACAUCCCCACACAUCCCCCUGGUCCUUCUGCAGGAUUUAAUGUUCUUUAUUAUUGUGUUUAUUGGGUGCCAAAUGAGCAUCAGAAGAGGUGCCAGGCAGGUCUCCCUGAGGAAAUAAUUCUAUAAAUAGGUUGUCACAGCAGAGAAAGCCCCCAUCUCCAGGCAUUGCUAGCCUCAUAGCAGAUGGUUGGAGCAUCCAGAGGGAGGAUAUUUAAAGAUGGCUUAAGACGUCAGUUCAUUUUAGGUAGCAGAACUUCAUACAUCUGUGAGGUUUAUUGCUGCAGUAUAGGACCAUCUGUCAAGUACGAGGUGAAGGAGACCUGUGCAAUGUUAGAAUAGGAAUUGUGCUGAAAUUAUUCCAGGAGUGCCAAACCAGAUGAAGUAUUAGAGAUGAAUAUUAUAUAUACAAAUAUGGGACUGGGACUCAAGGUGCAAGAAAGUUCCAGAAGCAUUAUUAUUAUUUAUUAUUAAUAAUAAUUAAUGAGUACCACUUCUAGGAAUAGGUGAUAAUCCCCUCGCCUCUCUAAUAAUCUGGAGUUUAGCAAAUACUCUUCGGGACCUCUGGUAGAGUCUCAGGUGGCAUAUUUUGAGAUGCCACCUUAUUGUUUGGUGUGGGGGCCAAGCUUAUUGUCAGGCAGCCUGACUGCAGCAAUAGAAAUUGCUAUUCUGAACAUGCUUGGGAAGGACCAUCAUCUCUUGGGAUCAGGGGAAAUGUAGUUUCUCUGGGUAAAUAAAACUACUACGGAGUCUCACCAGAAAAUGACAGCUCUGAGCACAUUCAGACUUAUCAUUUCAGGUUUUUCAGCUGCCAGGUCAGGAGCGUGACUGGUAGUGAGUCAGCACCUGCCUGUUGCCGGUUACCCCCUCUAGUGGUAAGGGUUUUUCUUGCCAGAGAGAAGAGCAUUAUUGACCCGUCUGGGUCUGGAUCAACACAAAUUGCUCACAACAUUUUUAUAGGAGUGGUAUCGGAGCUUUGCCUGUGGAUUAAUAUGCAGCAUGUUCUACUUAAGCCAUUUGCAGCUAGGCUGGCUUAAGUGCAGUUAUGCUGCCAUGUAAAUUGUGCAUCCAGUGUCUAACCUGAAAUAUUCAUAAGGAUGUAUAUAACAAGACACUUCUCAAUGAAAUCCAAUAUAUAUUUUGCUUAAUUUUCAUCUGCAUGUAAAUUCCCCAGAUUGCAGUGUGGUAGAUAUACAGUAGUUGCCUUCAUUUUGAAAUGUGAUCAAAAUAUUGAUGCAAUCUCUGUACAUUCUCUCCACUGGAUUUCAAGUGAUAGAACACCCACCCACCCCUCCCCUCUGUUCCAGUUAGAUCCUAACAUUGUGCUUAAUAUUGUUGAUUAAAUCCAAAACCAUGGUUUGUUGUUAAUUAAAGCGUUGCUUUUUUAAUUAAAUAAUGUAUACAUUAUAUUGUAAAUGUGCAUAACAAUGUUGUAAAUAUUUUGUACAGAAAAGGAUUACUGGACUACUUGAUUCUCAUGUAAAAGCUAAGCACAAUACAAAUAUAUUUGCCCAUUAUUUGUUUUUGUGAAAAAAUGGGGAUGAUUUGAUCACUAAAAUAAUUGAAAGAACUCCUUCCUGCAACAUUAUCUCUUCAAUAAAUUGUGUGAAGAUAUUUAAAA